CAGGCUUUUUUUGUUUGGCUUAGAGUGAGUAAGUUAGAGAGAGGUGGCGAGAGAGAAUGAAGGAGUUUCUUCGACCUUUCGUGGAUUCUAGAGAGUGGGACUUCUGCGUUAUCUGGAAACUCGGCGAUGAUCCUUCUAGGUUUAUUGAGUGGGUGGGAUGCUGCUGCAGUGGUAGUUAUAUUGAUAAGAACAUUAAGCAUGAACACGAGGAAGAAGAAGAGGUGGGAUCUUUUUGCAGAGAUGAAGACAACAAGCAUCAUAUAAGAACCUUAGCUUGUGAAUCUCUCUCUCGUUUUCCUCUCUUCGUUCCUCUCUAUCCCGGGAUUCAUGGAGAAGUAGUCAUGUCAAAAACUCCCAAAUGGUUGGUUAAUUCUGCUCCAGGAUCUAAACAGGAUAUAUUCAGCACAAGGGUUCUUGUCCCAGUACGUGAUGGUCUAGUUGAGCUUUUCUCCUUCAUAAUGAAACCGGUUGAUGAAAGCAUGGUUGAUUUGAUCAUAUCGCGUUGUAACGCCUUCUUUGAACCAUUCCCCGAGCAAGCACUCCCAUUUAAGAUCAUUCCUAGAGCAGAGGAAUCUAUGUUAUUGCACAAGGAUGUAGAGGAUGAUGCUGUGAUGCAAAACACCAUGGACGUACGAGAUAGUAGUAACAAGAAGAUGGCGCCAAAGGAAAACUUCAAAUCGAAGAAUCUUCAUUCAGAGAGGAAAAGAAGAGAGAGGAUCAAUCAGAGAAUCUAUGCUUUAAGAGCCGUUGUCCCUAACGUUACAAAGAUGAACAAAACUGGAACUAUCAGUGAUGCGGUUGAUUACAUCAAUCAACUUCUAGUAGAGAAGCAGAAACUCGAAGGUGAGCUGAGAGGAUUCAACGAGGUUGAAUGCAGAGGAAUCAUCGCUGCAGAGGUGGAAGAAUCUGCAGUAGCUAAUUCACAAGCUGGAAAAGUUUUAUCUGGACUCAACAAGAAAGUUUACAACGAGGUGAAUCUUGAAGUGUACGAGACUGGUGAGCGAGGUUUCUUGAUCCGGGUUGAGCAGGAGCAUAAACGAGAUGGAUUCAAAAGGUUAUUAGAAGCUAUAGACUCUUGUGGACUUGAGAUCAUAGACGUCAAUUUCACAAGACUCGGUCUCACAGUCAUGACCGUUCUCAAUGUCAAGGCGAACAAAGAUGGAACUACAAUUGAAAUUCUGAGAGAUUUGCUGCUCAAGAUGAUGAUAACCAACUAAAACAAGGUCAAAUGUGCAUAACCAACUAAAACAAGGUCAAAUGUUUUGUUUGCUUGAGCCACAAGCUACCUAUAAGAUCUGUUUAACAAAGCUUUUUUUUUUGGUGAUAAAUUUAUAUGUUUUAGAUUAAUUGAUUGUUUCCAUAUGUCUCCCCAACUUUAGCUGAUUGACUAUAAACUCGACCUCGGUGUUGAAUUUUGAGUUUCUUUAAAUUAAGGCCUUCGCAAAGUUGCUGAUGA